AUGGGUGACCCUGGCUUCAUCACUGGAUUUGCUGGUUAUGCCAUUCAGUUGGCUUGGGAUCAGAUAAUGCAUCACAUCAACAUUGCCAUCCGAUGCAAGAAAGAGUUGGAUGCCCUCAAACUUCUGCUUCCCAGAAUUCAAGCAAUGAAUGUGGAAUUGCAGGAGUAUCGAAAAGCUUUGAACUCUGGCAAAAUGAGUACGUCACCUCACCAUCCUUUGCCCUCCACAGUCAACAGCUGGUUGAACGAAUUGAAUGCCCUUCUGGAGGAAGCAUCUGAUUUGGCCCAGCACUGCACUGUACUUGAGCAGAUUAAAGAGAGAUUGGAUUAUCUUAAUCAUAGUACUUCAGCAGUGGCUAGCGCAUCUGGAGAUCUCUUUCCAUCCAUUUAUUCGGCCACUUCCAACAAGAAGUAUAUUGAGGAGGCAGUCAUUGUGGGACAGGAUUCUGAAUCAAACAAACUUGUGGAGCUGAUUGAUUCACAGCAGCACAAAAAUGUGUCUCAUUUAGGACUAGUUGGGAAGGGUGGGGCCGGUAAGACUCUGUUACUCAAACGAGUCUUCAACAGUGACCAGGUACAGAGUCUCUUUCGCAAUGAUUUGAUGCUUUGGCUUACUAUUUCACAGAAUCCAUCUUUCAAUACUCUCCGAGAUGAUCUUGUGAAACAAAUAUCUGUUCAAGUAAAUGAAAGAUUGGACAGUAGAGAGGAAGACCAUGUGAAAACUUGGUUGAAUGAAUGCAUGAGAAAGCACAAAUUUGCCCUAUUUUUAGAUGAUAUUUGGGAAACAAGUGCAGCCUGGCUGUUAGAGGAGCUAUGUGUGCCCCAUUCUCCACACCACAAGUCUAACAUCAUCAUUGCCACUUCCAGAACUAGUAGUGUGGUCUCACAGUUGGGUGUUCGGCCUUCAUCACUCAUCGAAAUGCAAGAUUUGACUGAGGACGACGGUUGGAGAUUGUUUUCUUUCUAUGCAUUUCCACACAGCGAUGGAAUUUUGCCCAUGAGCAUUGACCAAGAAAUAGCGAGGAGUGUCUGCAAGGAGUGUCAUGGGGGCCUUCCGUUAGCCCUCAAAGUAAUUGGGAAGGCAAUGUUGUGCUUCCUCUGCCUUGCUGCUUUCUCAAAAGGUCAUGUCAUCUAUUCUAAUGAUGCCAUUGACUACUGGAUUGGAGAAGGGUUGGUGGCCGGAAGGGAUCCUCUUCAAAUCGGAGACAGAUACGUCAUUCUGUUACCGGAUCGAUGCCUUAUUGAACCAAUCCAGAAGGAUUAUGACGGAAAGGUAAUCUGCUUCAGGGUACAUGAUGUUCUGCAUGACUUAGCACAACAAAUUGCUGAGAAGGAAGAAAAAUGCUUCUUCCAGGCAAGCAAAGGCUUACAGGAGUUUCCUAUGGUCGAUUGUGCAGGACAUAUCAGAAUUUCAUUAGAAGACAACAGUUUGACUAGGGUUCCUAAAGAAAUCUGA